AUGAACGCCUCUGCUCAAGAUGACAGGCCUAGCCAUGGCAAGAAGUACACGCUCAACCAGACUCAAGAGAGAGCGGUACGACGCUUACUGUUUCUGUGCGCAUUGGUCUUUGAUGCCCUCACAGUGACGCUCGUCAUGGUUCUAUGCGUCGGCGCAUGGACAAAGUCGGGUGGUUUGAGAUCGUCAAAAGGUAUCAACAACAGAGAGGCUCACCUCGCUACUUGGUCAGCGGCAUAUGUCCGGCAAUGGCCAGCUGACGAGACCACGGUCGUCUUCAGUUGGCACCUCAGCAGCUACUGCUACUCGCACUUAGGGCGAGAGGCAUGUAUCCGCCGGGCUCCCGGCGCCCCCUUCGACCUCGAUGACAUUAUGGACGACGUCGCAUAUGCAAUCGGAGGGGGUUCGUACUAUUCGUCAAGCAGAGGCACCUUCCCGGCUCUGGAAGCGCUAGACAUUGGCCUCAGGACGGCCUCCAAAGUCACUUCGUCCAAGAACGCGUUCAUCACCUACAUCGUUUUCAUGGUGGUUACGGCGUGCCUCUGGUCCUGGCACUUCUUCGUCGGCACGGUUCCGGGCGCACCCAACUGUGAUCGUUUCCUGGCUGUGUCGUUUACUUUGGCGGGGGCGGCCCUGCUCGUCGCCUCGGCCAACACAACCCGGGCGGCUCUUGAGGCGGACGGCAUCCUCGCCCAAUACGAGAGUGCCUUCAAAUACCAUAGCGCCGGUACUUCGACAUUCGUCGUCACGUGGAUUGCCUCGGCAAGUCAUUUCCUCGCGGUAACGAUAUACACGGUUGCAGUGGCCAUUGGCAAACGACUGCUCAGAGACGACGAUCAGAACUAG